CAUAACUAAGCGACCGACACCUGUGGCUGAGGAAGAAAAGCGCUGCGGAGAUGCCUCCCAAAGGAAAGAGCGGCGGCAAAGGAGGGAAAGGAGGAGCAACGUCCGGAGGUGAUGCUGCUGAUAAGAAGCCCCAAGGCCCCAAGGGGGGUGGCAGCAGUGUGAAGGUGAGGCACAUUUUGUGUGAGAAACACAGUAGAUCCCUGGAGGCCCUGGAGAAGCUGAAGACCGGCAUGCGCUUCAGUGAAGUCGCGUCCCAGUACAGUGAGGACAAAGCCAGGCAGGGGGGUCGAUGGCCGUAUUACAAACACAAGAGCCACACUUAG